CAAUCGCCAGGACUUUUUUUAAAAUAAAAUUACAAAGGUAAAUAUGGCCCCACCAAUCAAGUAUGGCAAACUGUAAACUGCAAAGAAUAGUGCACUGCGUGUAUUCACAAACGGCUUUCAAAAACAGUAGUAGCCAGCGCUGGUGCCUGUCGCUCUUCUCUCCUCAACUCAAUUCGUAUACUACACUUUUCCACAAUUAAUACCACGAUAAAAUAAUGUCUUCGACCAAGGCCCUGAACAAGAAGAAGCGUGCAGUGCGCCAGAACUCAAACGUGUUUGCCAUUUUCGACCAGAAGCAAAUUUCCGAGUUCAAAGAGGCUUUUGGAAUUUUUGACCACAACUCGGACAGUAUUGUUGACCGCGACGACCUGCGCGACAUGCUUAGUUCGCUAGGGCAGGAUGCGUCAGAUAGCUAUAUCGAUGCAAUGAUCAACGAGGCUCCUGGGCCCAUCAAUUUCACCAUGUUCCUGACCCUGAUGGGCGAGCACCUAAGCGGCACCGACCCUGAGAGCGAGAUUCUGGCGGCUUUUGAGGCAUUCGACGUCGACGGAAAUGGGCUUAUCCUGGCUGAGGAUCUCCGGGCAGCACUGAUGCACAUGGGGGACCGCUUCUCGCAGAAGGAUGUGGACAUCAUGUUCAAGCAUGCGCCAAUCGAUGCCAACGGCUAUCUCAAGUACCGAGAGUUUGUGCAGAUGCUAAAGCAUGGCGAGUAGAUGUUUUGUAAAGAGAUUAGGCAUUAUCAAGAGUCACUGUAAAUGGGUGGCCGGCUGGUACUCCCUGACACACGCCUAUUGCGCCUGUAUAGGUGGGAUGUGUUGUCUGCAUCGUGUUCCGCGCAUACAAGGCUGAUCUUAUUGUGCUGCGGUCAAUUGUGAUGU